AACAGAAAUUGCUGGAGAAACUCAGCAAUCUGGCAGGAUCUGUGGAGAGAAAGCAGAGCCAACGUUUUGGAUCCGGUGUCCCUUCUUGGUGUAUUCUUUAGAGGUUUCCUCAAAGUGGCUUCAACUACUAAGGACUCCGCUGAAACGAUCGAAAAUUCUCAAAAUGGCGUUGUCCAACUUGGAGCAGGGCAGUUCCGAGUCUUUUAUAACGAAAGCAGUGAGAAUCGCGUGUGUGGUGGCUAUGUACUGGUUUACGUCGAUCACGAUGGUGUUCCUAAACAAAUACUUGUUGGACAGCCCGGAUCUGAAACUGGACGCGCCAUUAUUUGUCACAUUCUUCCAGUGUUUGGUGACAGUGUUACUUUGCUGGCUGCUGAAUGUGCUUAGCGUUUUGUGCCCAAGUGUGGUGGAGUUUCCUUCAAUUGGGUUCGACCCCAAGAUUUCCAGAGGGGUUCUUCCUUUGUCCCUAGUCUUUAUCGGAAUGAUUACUUUCAACAAUCUGUGCCUCAAGUACGUCGGAGUGGCGUUCUACAAUGUUGGGCGUUCCUUGACUACCGUGUUCAACGUCCUGCUGUCCUAUGUGAUACUCAAACAAACUACAUCACUCAGAGCCAUAUUGUGUUGUGGGGUCAUUAUAGGUGGUUUUUGCCUGGGAUUAAAUCAGGAAGGUGCAACAGGCAGUCUGUCCUGGGCCGGAGUAAUGUUUGGUGUGAUUGCCAGUUUGUGUGUGUCCCUGAAUGCCAUAUACACAAAGAAGGUUUUGCCAGCUGUAGAUGGCAGCAUCUGGAAAUUAACCUACUACAACAAUGUCAACGCCUGUAUACUCUUUAUUCCAUUAAUUACAAUCACUGGGGAACUGAAAACAUUGUACCUCUUUGACAAAAUGAGCAGCACUAGUUUUUGGGGUGUAAUGACUUUGGGAGGUAUGUUUGGUUUUGCUAUUGGAUAUGUUACAGGGCUGCAGAUUAAAUUCACCAGUCCCUUGACACACAAUGUCUCUGGUACUGCCAAAGCGUGUGCACAAACUGUUCUGGCAGUGUUUUACUAUGAAGAACUAAAGACCUUUCUCUGGUGGACUAGUAACAUACUGGUCCUUUUUGGAUCCUUUGCAUACACCUGGGUAAAGGGAUUAGAGAUGAAGAAAGUGCAAGAUGAAACAGCAAACAGAAAUCGUGAGAAGAAUGAAACUGGAGUCUAAAAUAUGGGUAUUCAGUUAGACUUUGUCUGCAGUGGAAGCUUGAUUGUAUGCCAUGAUGGAGGAGAGUCUGGGUGGUCAGAGAAUGGAAAGUGGCAAACAUUCAAAUUUGCACAACUGUCACCUUUUGGAGCACUCCUUCGUCAAUCAAUAUGAGCUGACCUCUUCUCAUCUAAGUUUUCCUCUCUACUGCCAAUGACCAGAAGUAGACACUAACACAUCAUGUGCUCCAUGGGACAAUCACUGCAGCGUCCACAGUGCCAAUAUUAAUAAAGUUGGUUUAUUUAAGAGCA